AUGCACCCAGAAGUCAUCGACCCACAUCCCUGCUCGGACCACUGGACAAUGCUCUCUGAUGUUAGGUUGUUCUUCGGCCCGCCUAGGGGACUCGGGAGUGGCAAUGAUAAUGAUGGGGAAGGGGAGGAGGCCGUGAUGGCGGAAGAUGAGGGAAAGAGGGGAGGCGGGGGAGGAGGCCAGCGCUGGCAAUGGAGCUUAUUUGAUGCCGGGGAGGAUGAAAGUUGUCCUGAUCCUCUGCGGACGGACCAUUUGAAUAGUUUGCGUGAGAGAUAUUGUUGUCCGGGAGGGGGUGGGGUCGUAAAUGGGAACUAUGGGGGUGAUGAUGCUGGUGGUGAAGGAGAGAAAGGAGUUGGUGAUCAUGUUUCAAAUCAGCAGCAGAGCCAGGUGGGGGAUGUGACGGGAACCUCUUGUGGGGUUACUGGGACCACAGAAGCUAAAAAGAGAGGGUGGACCUUUUUGGAUAUGUUUUUGGAUUGGAUGGGGAGUUGA